AUGCGGUCCGUACUAGUAUCGUUCGAUGGUUUAGAAACCUCAUGCUUGCCUGUAGCAGAGGCCGUGGUGAACGAGCGAGAUCUCAGGAAUCGCCUAGAGAGCCUUUGGCGUAUUCCCUCAGAGCUGCAGCAGAUUGUGUGGAAUGGUGUGCGUGUAGCUGAUGGUACCCUGCUGAAUGUCGCUGGCGAAUCUUUUCAUACGGCUGCUAUAAAGCUAAGAGGGGGAGCCUUAAAGGGAGGGAAGGGAGGCUUUGGAUCGAUGCUCCGGUCUAUAGGGGCUAAAGCGGCACAGCGUCGGAAUGGCGGACUCCUUACCUGCCUUGCUGCUUAGCUAUUUUCAUUUUGAAUCGUACUUUAUUC